GAUCUCAGCUGGCGUCACCAGCUCCAUUGACAAUUGAGUGACACCAUUCAGUAACACCCCUCUCAUAUUUUUUCAGUGAUUUUACAGAUUUCGUGCAAACCGAAAAAUUUUUAUUGAAAAUUGUUCGAAUAUUUGAUCAGAACCAUGUCUAGCACUGCACACAAACAUCGUUACAAGAACGUCGGUCUCGAUUCGUCAGAAAUGCGACGACGACGGGAAGAGGAAGGCAUUCAGCUGAGAAAACAGAAACGCGAAGAUCAGCUAAUCAAACGGCGUAAUGUUGACAUAACUCACGGAAUGGAAAAUGACAUUGACUCUUCGGUUCCGGACAUUGACCUUGAACUAGCAAAUUCGAACAAUCCAUCGAUGAUAAAUGCAGCAAUGAUCCAACAGUUGUACAGCAACGACGAAGGUUUUCAACUGGCUGCUACGCAAAAAUUCCGUAAAUUGCUGUCACGAGAUCCGAAUCCGCCGAUAGAAGAAGUAAUCAAAGCAGGAAUCGUGCCGAAAUUUGUGGAAUUUUUAUCGAAUGGCAACAAUACAACGCUUCAAUUUGAAGCAGCAUGGGCCCUGACAAACAUUGCAUCCGGUACAUCAAUGCAAACUAAAAUGGUAAUUGAAGCCGGCGCAGUUCCCCUGUUCAUUGAAUUACUGUCGAGCCCGCACGAUGACGUUCAAGAGCAAGCCGUUUGGGCAUUAGGCAAUAUUGCUGGUGAUUCGCCGGAAUGCAGAGAUCACGUUUUGGAUAAAGGAGUGUUAGCACCAUUAUUGCAAGUUCUUAGUAGUAACAAAGAUCGAAUUACGUUAACGAGGAACGCAGUGUGGGCGCUGUCUAAUCUGUGUCGCGGUAAAAAUCCACCAGCCGAUUUCUCAAAAGUUGUACGCGGACUACCCGUCUUGGCUCGAUUACUUUUCCAUUCUGAUCCCGAUGUUCUGAGCGAUACGUGUUGGGCGAUUAGCUAUCUGUCGGAUGGACCAAACGACAAAAUUCAAGCAGUCAUUGAUGCAGGUGUUUGCCGACGACUUGUAGAACUUUUACUUCACAACGUACAAAAUAUUGUAUCAGCAGCUUUGCGAGCUGUUGGCAACAUAGUCACUGGAGACGAUACACAAACACAAUUGAUUUUGAAUUGUGGCGCUUUACCAUGCAUAUACACGUUACUCACAUCGGAAAAGGAGUCGAUUCGCAAGGAGGCAUCCUGGACGGUUUCGAACAUUACCGCCGGCAAUCGACAACAAAUCCAGGCAGUCAUCGAUGCGAACAUCUUUCCCGUUUUGAUAAAUAUUUUGAAAGUGUCCGAAUUUAAGACAAGAAAAGAAGCGGCAUGGGCCAUUACCAAUGCGACCAGCAGUGGAACAGCCGAACAAAUCAAAUAUUUGGUUUCCGUCGGCUGCAUACCCCCGAUGUGCGAAUUAUUGAACGUAAUGGAUUCGAAAAUCGUUCAGGUCGCCCUCAAUGGACUAGAUAAUAUACUCAAAGCCGGCGAACUUCACAACACAAAACCAAAUCCCUAUGCCGUGCUGAUCGAAGAAUGUUAUGGCCUCGACAAAAUCGAAUUCCUUCAAUCUCAUGAAAUCAAGGAAAUUUAUCAGAAAUCAUUUUUCAUCAUCGAACAAUACUUCGGCAGCGAAGAGGAAGACACCCGUGUGGCUCCAUCAUCCGACAACAAUCAAUAUCAAUUCAGUGCCGAUCAAUCAGUGCCAAUGGGUGGUUACCAAUUCUAAAAGGAAGAAGAAGAAGAAAAACUUGAAUUUCAAAGCAGAAGAAGAAGUGAAAGAUGAAGUUGAAGAAGAAGUAGGAGUCUUGACUACCAUUUCCACAAUAAUGAAAUAAACAGUGAAUGAGUGCCGGUGUGAAUAGUUUUGCAUGAAUCUUCUUAUGAUAAUGGCAAAUAGUUCGUUCAGUUAAAUAAUUUUCUUUUCUUUUUUAAAAAAUUUUAUGAGCAUGUGAGACUGACUUGUUCGGUGUAUAAACAGAAUAUUGUUAAAAGAAAACGUUGGAAAUUCAUUUUUGGAAAUUUUUCCAUUUUUUUUUUCGUCGAGUUAUUUGGCGCAAUUAUCAACGUGAUUGAUAUUUUGCUUGUGAGAGCGUUGUCAAGUGUAAAAAAAAGUUGAAAGAAGAGGAAGAAAAA